UUGCAUGGUCGCUUUAGCUAACAGAGUGAAGUGCUCACGGAUGGAUUCAAAAUAAACAAACCAGCAUUAAGAAGUGAAAACAGAGAUUUAGUCUAGGUGUUAUAACUUAUUUAUUUUUGCUACGUUUGAAUGUUAUUGGAAAGAUACAACAGAGACAACAAAACGACUUGCUUAAAACAUUUGAAUCCCUAAUAUGCUUUGGUGUGGUCAGCAGUAAUAUGAAGCAAAUCCACCAUUUGGUAGAAUGGACAGUUUGCUUUUUGAGUACAGCAAUAAAAGAACAUCAGUGAGACACAGCAAACAGGAUAAUGAGCCAAACAUUCUGGAACAAAAGUGGCAUAAGGGGCCAGGCUUUACAAGAGGUGGGGGACGGACACGUUGCAGGAAAGAAUGGGAAUGGGAGGGACACAGAGGGGGCGGGUAUGAACACACAUCUGGAAAUGAUUGGGAAGAGAAAAAGAGAGAGGAGGCAGUUUUGUUCAGAGAUCGACAUUAAAAGUAGGGUAAAACCUCCCAGGUGGACAAUUGCUUAAAGUCAACGCAAAGUUCUGAGUCGUGGAAGAGGACAAACUGAUUCGUGGACAGCGGGCGGACAACGUCGACCAGUGACGAACAAUAGAGAAGCCUGGCUGCUCCUGGGACCGAUGCCAAGGGGAGCUGGAAAGCAAAGCAAGUGAAGACCAGAACCAGGGGUGAAGGAGCCGGACAUAGAAAGUCACCUUCAGCAUGUCAGCGCCUCGAAGGUGUUUGUGCUGUGUCAAAUAUUUGAUGUUUGUCUUUAACCUCAUCUUCUGGCUAGGCGGAUGCGGCUUGUUCGGCAUCGGAGUCUGGCUGUCCUUCACGCAGGCGGAGUUCUCCUCUCUUCCCCUGUCGUUUCCAUCCCUCUCAGCCGCCAACCUGCUGCUGGUCGCCGGUGGCAUCACCAUGGUGACCGGCUUCCUGGGUUGUCUCGGAGCCCUGAAGGAGCAGCGCUGCCUGUUGUUCAUGUUCUUUGUGAUCCUUCUGCUCCUGGUCCUGACAGAGGUCACUCUGAUGUUGGUAAUACACGUCUUCCAUGACAAGCUGGAUUCAAGAGCACAAGGUGAAUUAAAGGAAGGUAUGAAGAUUUAUGAAUCAGAACCUGAACUUAGAAAAUCCUGGGACAACGUCCAGAAAAUGUUCAAAUGCUGUGGAGUAACAAACAAAACGGACUGGUAUGACGUGCUGAAUGGAACGCUGCCCUCCUCCUGUUGCUCCGUCGGCGCGGUCCAGUGUGUGGACGGGUGGAGUGAGCCGUGUUAUCAGAAGGCCAGGCAGUGGCUGCUGGACAACAUUCCCUCCGUCCUGGUGUUUGGAGUGUGUAUUGGUGUUGUGCAGAUCCUUGCCCUGUUGUUCUCCUUGCUGAUGUACUGUCAAAUUCUGUGUGCUGAGAAGAACCUGGACUGACUGGAGACCAGCUGUUCACAGGCCCCUGAUGAUGGGGCCCAUCCCAAACUCCUCUGGGAUCUCAAGGCACUCAACCUCUCAAAACCCCAAUCGUCUCUGUGGUUUCAGCCUUUGGCUUUAAAAUGUACACUCCCUAAAAUGGUAAUGUCCAUCCAGCCAAUGGACUCAGCACACGGACAAAGUCAGGCUUGAUUUUACCAGCAUGGGGAUCAUUAGCCCAGUUAUGCCAUAUCUAUGUUUCAAUCUCUAUUUAAAAUGUCAUUAUCUGGAUUUGGAUUUCUCUCCAGGAUGUCAACAAGAAGACAUACCAUUUUAUAAAGCACUCAGUUCACUUUGUUCAUAUUUUUGAGCCUUGUAUAUAUUGCUAAACUU